UUCCUAGGUACCAUAGGAGAGAAGAGCAUACUAGCUACUACGAAAGAACUCAGAAUAAGUAUCAUUACUGGGAUAGCAGAGCGUCCAGGCUGAAGAUUAAUGUACUCCACGUGCCGCCAGUUUGCGAACUGGAUAACACUGAGGCCACUCUUCUAGCAGCCCCAGGAUACAAAAAAAAUGAAGCGGGAUCCCCUGAAAUCUGCAACUCCAAUAACAUGUAGGUAGCACUAAUACGAGCACUACUUUCUACAAGAACGUGUCGGAGGUUGUUCGCUCUCUUGGAUACUUUCAUCAUAAGGAUGAAGUUGCUUCACUGGGCAGGACUUGUCAUUUGUUCGUCACAUAUCGCUGUGCAUGGCGCUGCCCCGCAUACCACGAGAAACGCUGUCGCUAUCAAAGAUGCGCUAAGUGCGCCGGUAAGCGGGAGGCCUGUCGUUCCGCCAACAAUAUCGUUAUUUCCCAUGAUAGACUACAUCGAUUUUGAUUUAUUUGCAAACUAGCUUGUUAUCAAAAAUUUUACUUUGCUAUCGCUCUUACGAUUGAUUUUAUACUUACCCACUUUCUUUGAUUUGUGGCCAACUGAAACAUGACCUUCUCGUCUAUUUUUCAUCAUCAAAAAAGGUGGCCGAUAAUGCGGCUCGGAAACCAGUGGAUUUUUCUGGGGAAGCUGCCAGAAUGCAGGCAAACGCCGAGCAUUUUGGGGGCAACCAUCCGAAUUAUCGACAAGUCGGAACGACCUCAGGCUUUCAGCCUGCUGCACCCGGUGCAGAAGAAGAGGGUAUGUAUAACGAUUUAGCGCGAAAUCUUCAGAAUUUGCAGGAUGUCGGGCAACGGUAUCCUGUGAAUCAAGAAGCCGCGGUACAAGCGAAAGCAAAAGCUCAGCGAGGAGAGUCUAGUGCCGCACCGCCGGCUGCUGGUCGUCCACAGGUGCAUCAACAUGUAAGAGCAGACAAUAAUAUGAAUACCCCAGCGCCGCCUGCGCGAGAGCCGCAUCCACCAGCAAACGAAGCUGCGCCGCUCCUACCGCAGCAUAAUCAACCGAAUCCACAACGACAGAAAAGGCAGGUAAUGUUGUUUGUUCUACAUCGUGGUACAAGAGCGUUUGUUGAGGACGUAGAAUUGUUUUGGAGAAACGCGAGACGCUACUACGGAUACCCCGUUCUAAGAAGUCUUUGUCUUUCGUGCACUUGAUAUGAUGAAAAUGAGAAGCUUUCAUCAUAGAACCUCUACAGGUGCUGGGCCCGCUGGCUCAGGAGCGGAAUCGUCUGGAUCCACCCGAUCGUGGUGGCGGGCGCGCGGCUUCUGGGAAUCAAUCGCCUCGAGCACAACAAAGACAGCACUCGCCACAAGCGCAAUCACCGCGAGCGCAGGAGAGACCGAUGAAGCCAUCUCCAGUGCAGCAGCCGCAACCAAGUCCGGUGCAGCAAGUCAGGCCAGCCCUUGUACAGCUCCCGCAGCCACCUCCGCCUGUGCAGGCUCCUGCCCAAGUGCCGCAGUUACCUCCGUUGCAGCUGCCGCAGCAACCUCCGCCCGGUGCGCAGCAGCAUCCUCCAGCACAGUCGCCUCGACCGCCACCUAUGGAUCCACCCGGUCCGGUGCCUCAACCAGCUGACGUCCAACGACAUGCAGCGGGCGCGCAGUUUGCUCCAAAAGAUCGCAUGCCGAUGCAACAGGCAGCAGUUGCGUCGGCUCUUGGCCCAGCGGUGGCGCAACCUCUAGCCUCACCACCACCUGCGGAUCGAGUGGUGCUCGCUGUUCCAGCACCACGGCUGUCGCCACCUGAAUAUACACCACUGCGGUCGUCCCCUGAGUAUCCACCACGAAAAGCGUCUCCCGAGAACCCACCGCCCGCACAAGCAGCUCCAGCGGAAGCAGCAGCACCAGCAGCAGCGCCAGUGCUUCCAGCAGUUGGCGGUGCGGAGCAUCCGAUCCUUGGAAACGCUCUAACGCCUCUGCAACCUUGUGUGGGGGGUUGCGGCUCACCUGUACCUGAGGGUCUGCAGCAGUGGCAGGACCGCAUAGCGGCAGCAAAACGGAAUUCAGCAAUUGAACAGCGGGCUCUCCUCCUCGAACAGGAGAUGCUCCAGGCGCACUGGAACGCGGAACAGAAGCGCAAGGCAGCAGGCGCGACAGACCACAUCCUGCGACCUCACGCGACACGGGAAGCGACGUCUCCUGUCGCGAAUCCUGGAGUUCCUGUGGCCGUCGCGUCUCCAACCGCAAGUCCAGGCGGACGUAACUUCAAUCUGUUCGAGCAAGUCCUCGACCUGAGGCAGUUCUCGCCUAGACCGCAGACACCGCAGAACAACAUAUUCCUUGCAAACCAUCAACUCGCAGCCCGCGGCCCUGCUGGUCACGCGAACCUGCUGCAGCUCGGAGCUGGAUUCCCACAACAACUACACGCGGUUGGAACUCCACAGAUCGGGGGGCAGUAUUUCCAGCAGCCCUGGCUUGGCGCGCAGCCUGUUGCUAGGGGAAGUGCGUUUGUGAGCAUCGGCGGAACUCCAAAGCAAGCACAGCAUCAGCUGCCGGCGGGUGGUCGCGUCUACGAGGAGGCGCCUGCGCUUUCGCGGAGCUCUGACGCCGUUUUGCUACAUCGCCACAAGCAUCCUCAGGUACAGCAGCAGCAGUCGCAUGCACCGGCAUACCAUCCCCUAGUUACACCGCAACAGAUACCAAUGCCGCAUGCACAGUUGCCGCCGCAUUUGCAGCCAGCGUUGCCGCGCGAUCCCUGCGUGCACGCCGUUGCGGGGAUGGUGCCACCCGACGGGUUUGCCAACCAUGGGCCUUGGCAGCAACAAGCAGCGGAGCUCGAGCAAAAAGCGAAUGUAGACCUGGCGCAGCGCCGCGCUGCUUACGGUGGCGUGCCACCGGUUCGACCGUUGCCAAGGCUCCUGCUAGAUGAUCAGGCGCGUGGGCCAGGAGACGUUGGACUUGCAGACUUUGUUGGGGUAGGAGUGGCGCGGGAGCAAUCUGGUGGAAGCGGGAAUGGGUCGCAGGCGGCACAGCAUCCAUAUUUUGUUGGAGCGGUACACCAGCAUCAGCAGAACCGAAACAAAGGUCAGUCGCUAGCACGGCAGGCGCUAGGUCUUCUGGCGGGUGCCUGCAGGUGCCAAAAGACGCAACCGCAACAGUAGUCAGUUUCCCCAUCAUGCAUUUGAAACCAGCUUAAUUAAUUUGACCGUCGCAGGAUUUGUUUCGUCCUGCUGAUGACUGUGCAUAGUCAUCUGAGACGCCAUGUAUGUAUCUAUAUGUUAUCAUGUAAGAGAACGACUCAACUAACAGGUCACUCUGCACUCGUGGUACUAGAUAAUUUGGUAUUUUCGGAAAAUAUAUGAUAACGGACGGCACAUUCGAUCAACGGCAUGACGAAGAGAUUACGCCAAAUCAUGGUAAGUAUCUUAUUCAAGCAAUUGUUUCGGAAUUUUAGAAGAUUACUUGGGUUCCCUCAGAGGGGCAUGAUGAGUGUCCGCUGUGACGCAUGAGCCAAUUCCGACGCCAACGUUGUACAACAGUUUUGUGGAAGAAAGAAAAAAUGUGACUUAUCUUCUCUGCUCAUAUAUUUCGAAUGAUUUUCAUGUUGUUUGUCAAAUAUAGAUUUCCUAAGAACUUUGAUCGUUAGUUCUUCGCCGAGGCUGCUUGCGGAUGUCCUUGAAACUGGACAAAUGGAUGUUAUGGAGGCGUAACAAAUUUUUGAGUAGCAAUGGGCUGCGCACCCGACAGCAACCGGAGAUCGAGCAUCGAGAAUGCGCUCUGUACCAUCGCACAUAGCUACGUAUCCAUACGAGUAAACACACACAUAGCUAUCAUCGAUCUGGAUAACACUGAUUGAUUGAGUUUUGCUUAUCUGCGAACCGAGAAGAAACAUACGACAAGAUUAGACACCUUCUUCAUUACACAUUCUACAUGGCUACAAUUUCGGUCAUCUGCAGACGCUUCCAGAAAUAUGCAGAAGGAUACUAAGCAUCAACGUACACCUUGGUUCACGGAUGUUGUUUCCUUUCGCCCUUGAGAAUAUACCGCAAAAGAUGGAUCGAAAAUCUCUCAUCUUUUCUCCGACCUCCCAGUUCUUGACUUUACUUUUAUUCAAGUACUUCACUAUGACGCUUUUGGAUGACAGUGUUUCUGUAGAAUGGAUGCGUGUUUAUUUCUACCAUCAAGCGUG